AUGGCAGAAGGAACCGCACCAGCUGCUGAAGUCCCGGUCUCUGACAAGGCGUUGCGAGAUGUGGCCAAGAAUGUGGCGAAAAUCUUGCCUAAUUUCGCGGAGAAAGAGCCUGCAACUGCUCUGAAAGAGCUUCGUGUUAUUCUCGAUCCUGCUUUGGAAACUGCAGACCUCCCAGAACUAGAGAACAGCCAUCGAGCAGCCGCAUCCAAUGCCUUGUGCGCAAUCAUUGAGUACUGCGCGGCUUCCCACUGCGCCUAUGCACGGGAGGCGAUCCUAGAUGAUUCCAUAUGGAUGCGAGUAUUCAACAUAUACCUUCAGCGGUCUGGAGAUGCAAAGGGCAAGUCGAUGAGGCAGAUGCUCUUGGUCCUUACGGGUGUCAUUACUAAAGAUCAGAGUGCGCGUGCAAUCGAACUUCGGACACGAGCUACGACCUCAAUCCUGGACAUCAUCUGUGAGCGAGAAGACCGCAUCAAAGUUAAACCAGCUUUGCAAGGCCUUGCGCAUUUCCUGCUGCGGGAUGUGAUUUCCAUCACGGAUUUGGUCAGUCUGUUCGACGAGCAGCUGAAGCGAACAUCAGAUGCCAUCCAGGGGCCGGUAACUUCGCGAACAGUGUUCACAUCCUUCCUUGCCUGGGUCGUGCAUCAUGAUACUUCCCUUUCAGCGGGACACUUGAUUAAGAACUACUUACUACAGGCUCGCCGUCUCGCAAACUACGACGAACACCCCGACGAUGGCUUAGUCUUACCUCCCUGGAUAGAGCCGGUGAUGCAGACGUUGCGCGACUGGCCAGACCGGAUCCAGGAGUUUAAGACUCACGUCUUCCCUCACUGUUUUCUACCCAAUCUCUCUGAGUACCUAAGGUUCCUCGCAUAUCUCAAUUUCGAGUCCCAUGUUCCGUAUAAGCAUGCGUUACCCAGCCAGCUUCGCCAGUCCGGCAGGCGCACAUCAUCUCUUGGUGGACUAGAAGAGUUCAGAAUACUCCUAGCAGCGAUCGCAACUGGGAAGGAACUCAACAUCGUAAAGGAUAAUGAUCAUAGAGCUCAAAGCACCAUCCAAAUCCGUGACGGGGCGCUCUAUUUGCCGGACGACAUAUCAGGAGCCUGGAUGGCGGACUCGGAACCAGAAGUCAGGCUUGCAGGCAUGUUCCUGGGCGUGUAUUCUACUUCUGUCACGAAAGCUAUGAGUGGCGGUAUUUUGCAGGCCUUGAAGCGCAACCUCCCCCAUCUUCAUACCGACACGGAUGCAAAUUUCCGCCGGGAGGUGCAUGGUUAUACACAAAAGCUAUUUGAUCGUCUGAGAGCCAGUACAGCUACUCUAGCAAAACCCAUCACGAAGGUUACUUCUUCAGACCAGAGACGCCUCCCUUUCCCAGCGACAAGCUCUAGCCCACAUGUUUCAAUUGCGCGGGUUCCGCGACAUGAUUCGCUUUCUGAGUCCCUAGCUUUCAUCACCUGGUAUGUGCAGUUCCUUGAGUGGGAGCUGCGCCCAACUGCCUCUUACCAGAGCCGCAUCACCGCACUACGGUCCAUCACCAUCGUAUUACGAUCUGGGAUAGAUCCUGGGGUACCGUUUACCAGUCUCUCAAAGUCUGCGCAAGGUCAGCUAAACUGGGCUCACGGUCUCCAGUUCGGAAACCAGAAGCUGUGCCGAAUACUGCUCGAUUUAAUACUGGAUCCUUUUGACGAUGUUCGAGACGCGGCUGUAUCGGUCUUGCAGCUAUGUCUAGUUGCGCUUCCGCAAACCGAUAAGAAACGCAUCAUGUCAAUGAUUCCCCGAUUCGUUACGAGAGCGGAGGCUACCAUGCUCCGAACAGGGCGAGCGGAUCAAGCGGACGGUGUUGCGCGUGCUUACGGGAUGAUCUUUGCGUUGGCUGGCGAUGAUCCAGGUGCCCCCACUGGCGAACACUUCUCUUCCAAGCAGCACCUCUUCGAAUAUCUGAGAACACAACUCGACGAAACGUUGACUCUGGCCCGCAGCGAUCUUCCACGAGCCGUCGAUGGUCGACCGGUACAUGGUACAUUUGCUGCAUUACGAUAUGUGACCGAUCAACCCGACUUUUACGCGUUCGUCUCGAGCUUGCCAUCUGAUCAGUUUGCGCACUGGAAAAAAGCGCAUGGGGACAUCGUAACAGGCAUAGAGAGUCUGUGGUCCUGCGUCUAUCACGUUCUGUGUGCGGAUGCACCGGAAGGCCAUGUUCCUGACGAAGUAGAAGAUGAGAGUAGCUUAGACACUAAAGAGAUUCUGAGUUACUCAUGGAGAGGACUGAAGGAGGCUAGUGUGCUUUUACGAACGAUCAUCCUCAAAGCUCCUGUAGGUGACGGUGACAACGACCUUGUGACUCCAGAACUCUUCGAAAAGCUCGGCAGACUCUGCUUCACUCAGCUACUGGAGCUUCGUCAUCGCGGUGCGUUUUCGACAGUCUCUCAGACAUUUGCAGUCUUCUGUCGCCGCUGUGUCUUGUCGAACAUAUCCACAUUACGUGCUUUACCAGAGAUGUGGUAUCAGGAAACGCUACGAUCCAUCCAAGCAAAGUCAGACGCCAUCACUCGGAGGUCGGCGGGCAUACCAGCAGCCAUGUCCGCUCUACUGGCAGCUGAGCCACAAACAGGAGGCAAACUCUUCCCUCGAGCUAUCAAAGAUCUUGUCGCCGAAACUCUCGUGGAGGCGCAAAGUACAAAUAUAGAGGAAAGCCGUCUUCCUCAGGUGCAUGCUCUGAACUGCAUCAAGGAAAUAUUCACGACCUCGAAGCUGAGUAUUGCAUCGGAGACAUACAUCGGGCAGGGUCUCGAGCUUGCUGCUAAAACUCUGAGCUCGCCCAUAUGGCCCCUUCGCAAUUGCAGCUUGAUGCUGUUCAAAGCUCUGAUCGAACGACUACUCGGCAGCGACGAAGCUCAAGACUGGAAAGAACGAGAGCGAGCCAAAACGUCUCGGUUCUCCUACGACAACUAUCCCAGUCUCGUGAAGAUCCUGGUUGAACUGCUUGAGCCAAGCGGCGAUCUCAAAAUCAUGGAGACACCCGAGAGUGGCAGUUCGCCAAUGGAUCUCCAUGGUGCUGAAGGCGUGUUUCCCGCUCUCCAGAUCUUGCGUCAGGCCCGGCCGCCGGGAGAUCUUACCAAGAUCCGCGGCUUGCAUGGGAGGCUUUUGGUAGUCAAGUACCUGCUGAGGAAGCUGUUGCGAGACGAAAACCAAUGCACUUUGCAACACUUCUCAUCGUUGAUGCAGCAGCUCGGCCAACACGCAACGAGUUGGUACAUUUCGAGUAACUGCCCUUUUGUACGAACCGCCUUCCUUGAUGUUGUGAGCCUAUGCGGCAUGGCCAUGCUGCAAAGAGCGACCGCUGUCACAAUACUUAGUGCGUGGAUUGACCUCACUACAUCCAUAGCCAUUGGACCGGAGUACAAUAUCGGACCAAGUGAUCACCACGGUGAUGAUCUACUCAGGACAUCCCUCGCACAGGUAUACUUCGUUGACCGGAUCAUUCUGCGUGAAAAUUCGCUUCACAGCAUGGUCUCGGACGAUUAUCAAAACAUUGGCGAUGCGCUCAUGCUUCUCGCAAACGAGGAUCCGGAUACCUGCAUGGAAGCUCUGGAAACGAUGGACUCCAUAUUACAGAUGAAGACAUCCAACGGCCUAACCAUUCCAUUGUCGCUAGUCCUAGCGCAUAUCCAUCGUGUAGUCCUGGAGGCCUGCGACCCAGAAGUCAUCUCGAAAGCGCAAGCCGUUCUCGCCGACGCUCUUACCAAGGACCAUUUGAAAAGCGACUUCUUCAGCCUGACGAUGCAAGAUCAAGUCAUGCUCACCUUGACAAGGUUGGAAACACAGUGCGUUCAUGGCCCACCAUCAACUAUGCAAAGCGCCCUGCAUCUUCUAGGCUCAUUCCUCGACCAUGCUUACACCAGCUACCCACUCCACCGCGACGAGGUUCUCGCCCGUAUCGCACGCUACAUUCGCCUGCUGCGCAUGACAACCAUCGAUACCAACCCUUUCGACACUCGCUACGCAGCCAUACAAUCCCUGUCCGCGCUCAACUCUAUCUUCUCCCUGGCCCCCAAAGGAGAAACAGGACCUCUGAUCCUUGGGCUAGCCAUCGUUCUCUACGACCUCCUCAACGACGAUGACGACGAAAUACGCGAUCUAGCUGCCUCCACAGCAGGCAUUCUCCUACGCUCACAAGGCGACCGACUGUUCAAGAACACGGUACCGAUACUGACUACGCACCGGCUGGGGGCGUACCUGGUAUCUGCAUUUUCCACAUCACGACUCCUCGCCAAGGAAGCAAUACGCCGUCUAACCAACACGCCCUCACCCCAUCGUCUCUUCUCCACGCCAUUCGCCAACACUUUUGCACGGGAGAGGAAGGAAGAUACGUCGCUUUUUGCGCAGGAGAAGCAGAAUUUGUACAAAGACGACACAUUGGACACUAUGCUGUGGUCGCGCAUUCUCCUCUCCCUGUCUGCCUCUGCUGUGCCGCUGAGCCUGCGCACCGAUCUGACCAACUGGGUACUCGAUGGUCUCACCACGCUCACACAAACAGCCGAGGGAGAAGGUGACGGCGCGCUGGGCUGGAGUACCAAAGCUGAGGUGUUUACGCUCGGUAUGCGCAUCUUCUGUGCGAGUGAAGUGGUGAUGAGCUGGGGUGGUCAGGAAAGGGUAGAGGUAGUGAAGAGGGCGAGAGGGUUUGCUGAUGUGGGUAUUGAGAGAGGCGUUCAUGGCCUGUGGAUUGAGAGGGUCGAGAGGGUCUUGAACAAGGAAGUGGUGCGCAUGCUACGCAGGGUCAAGGGAGGACUGUUGGAGAUUGCAGGGUGA